AUGAGUUCUAUUAAAGAAUGGUUUAUGGAGUGGCAGAAACUCAUUGAGAGUCAGACCGACCAAAGAACAAAACAUUUUUUUAUGAUGUCGUCUCCACUUCCAACAAUUUACAUCACAUUGUGUUAUCUACUUUUUGUUUUGUACAUUGGGCCAAAGAUCAUGGAAAAUCGUAAACCUUACAACAUCAGGAAAAUUAUUAUUGUCCACAAUUUGAUUCAAGUCAUCUUGAAUGCAAAACUUUUCUAUGAUUCUGCAACAUUGGGUUGGUUUUCGAACUACAAUUGGCGUUGUGAACCUUACGAUCGAUCGCCUGAUGGAAUUCCAAUGAAGUUAACAAUGGUUGCAUAUUACUACUACUUGAGUAAGUUCACCGAUCUUCUGGACACAAUUUUCUUCAUUCUAAGAAAACGAAACGAUCAAGUGUCAGCUUUGCAUGUGAUUCAUCACGGGAUCAUGCCAUUAGGUGUUUAUUUUGGAAUAAGAUUCGCCUCAAACGGUCACGGUUCGUUCUUCGGAUUUCUUAACACUUUCAUUCACGUAGUUAUGUACACUUAUUACAUGCUUGCUGCUUUUGGUCCAAAAAUGAAGAAAUAUCUUUGGUGGAAGAGAUAUUUAACGAUAAUGCAAAUGGUACAAUUUAUUGCGAUCAUAAUUCACAGUAGUCAGCUUUUCUUUCAUAAUCCAUGCGAGUAUCCAAUGUUUUAUGCAUGGUACAUCAUCGUCAAAUCUUUGGUUUUUCUCCUUCUGUUUAGAGCUUUCUACAAGAAAUCAUAUUGUUCAAAGGAGCUGAGAAUUAAAAGCUUUUUGAAAGAAAAGCGAAUAGAAAAGUUGGAAAAUGUUAUCAAAUCAACUUCCAAACGAAAGCAAAUUAUGAGACCCUUGGCAAAUAUUUAUGAAGUGUGGCGUGAUCUGAUGGAUAAUAAAUCAGAUCCACGCGUUAAAAAUUGGUUUAUGAUGUCUUCGCCACUACCAACUAUUUGCAUAAGUUUGACAUAUGUUCUUCUUGUGAAGAGUCUUGGACCCAAACUCAUGAAAUAUCGCAAACCAUACGAACUUCGAAAAUGUCUCAUAAUUUACAAUUUUAUUCAAGUUGCUAUGAGUGUUGGGAUAUUUUACUACUGUUGUAAAUUGGGAUGGUUGACGACAUACAACUGGAGAUGUGAACCGUUUAAUACUUCGCCAACAGGCGAUCCAUAUUAUAUCGUAGUGACAUGUUAUUGCUACUAUUUAAGUAAGUUCACUGAACUUCUCGAUACAAUCUUCUUCAUAAUGAGAAAAAGAUACGAUCAAGUGUCAAUACUGCAUGUUAUUCAUCAUGGGAUUAUGCCUGUUAGUGUUUGGUUCGGUGUGAAACUUCAACCUGGCGGGCACGCAACAUUCUUCGGAUUCCUCAACUCCGGAGUUCACAUCGUCAUGUACGCUUAUUACAUGUUAGCAGCAAUUGGUCCACAAAUGCAGAAAUAUCUCUGGUGGAAGAAAUAUUUGACACUGUUACAAAUGGUUCAGUUUGUUGCCGUCUUUAUCCACUCAAUGCAAUUAUUUGUGUCGAACCCAUGUCAAUAUCCAAUCAUCUACUCAUGGAUUGUCGCCCUUCAUGCUGUCAUGUUCUUCUUACUGUUCAAAGCAUUUUAUAAAAAAUCGUACGUGAAAAAAGAAGAAACUGAUAAGAUUAUUAAUCGACUUUACACUGCUCAAGUUCUUUCCCCAACAUCAUUGAAGGAACAUGACAAAGAUUCUUCGAUUACAAAUAGAACAAAUUAUCAAAAACUAAAGAAUCAUUCUAUAAACAAUCGUACAUAUCACAAAAGGUUAAAGAUGAGAAGACUGAACAUUGAUCCUUCUAUGAUGCGAAUUUUCAACAAUCUUCAUGCAGCGUGGUUGGAUUUGCUGGAAAAUAAAUCUGACCAACGAAACAAGGAUUGGUUCAUGAUGUCGUCACCUUUCCCGACACUUCUCGUUAUCUUCAUUUACGUUUACAUAGUGAAGUUUUUAGGUCCUAAAUUGAUGGAAAAUCGUAAACCAUUUCAGUUUCGCAAAAUUAUCAUAUUCUAUAACUUAACUCAAGUUCUCUUGAGUGGGAAAAUCUUUUAUGAUGCAUGCACAUUAGCAUGGCUGUCAACCUACAGCUGGCGAUGUGAACCACUUGAUUCUUCCACAAAUGACAUUCCAAUGCGAAUUGUUCGUAGUUCUUAUUUAUAUUAUUUGAGUAAGUUUACUGAACUUCUUGAUACGAUAUUCUUUGUGUUGAGAAAACGAAAUGACCAGGUGUCAACAUUGCAUGUGAUUCAUCAUGGGAUUAUGCCAUUAAGUGUUUGGUGGGGUUGCAAAGUGUCGCCGGGUGGUCAUGGAACAUUCUUUGGAUUUCUGAAUUCCGGAGUUCAUAUCGUCAUGUACACUUAUUACAUGUUAGCAGCAAUUGGUCCACAUAUGCAGAAAUAUCUCUGGUGGAAGAAAUAUUUGACACUCUUGCAGAUGGGUCAGUUUGUUGCGAUCAUAAUCCACAGCACUCAACUCUUCUUUUACAAUCCCUGUGAUUAUCCGCUUUUGUAUUCAUAUGUUCUUCUGUUCCACUGUCUCUUAUUUUUAUUCCUAUUCGGAGCAUUUUAUAAACAAUCAUACACUAAACAGAAAAUCAAGAACAUAAAUUACUCGAAUGAGAAGAAGUUUGACGGUGAAAAGACUUUUAAAUCCUCGGAAAACGCUUUGGGAAAAGUUGAAGGAAAAACAAAUGGACGUAUUGAAGAUACUUAUGAAACUUUAAAUAAUCGAGGAUAUGCAAAGUUAGGAAGACAAGAUUCAGCUAAACUGGUUGAAAAUCUUAUGAGACUUUUAAACAAAAUAAAUACAGCAUGGGUGGAUUUUAUGGAUAAUAAAACAGAUCCACGUGUCAAAGAUUGGUUUAUGAUGUCGUCUCCUUUCCCAACAUUUUUUAUUGUUUUCAUUUAUGUUUAUAUAGUGAAGUUCCUGGGUCCAAAGUUAAUGGAAAAUCGUAAACCAUUUCAACUUCGCAAAAUUAUCAUAUUUUACAAUUUCAUUCAAGUUCUGAUAAGUGCGAAACUAUUUUACGACGCAUGUACAUUAGGCUGGUUAACAACAUAUAACUGGCGAUGUGAACCACUUGAUCGUUCCACUAGUGAUGUUGCAAUGAAGAUUGUUCGCGGAUGUUAUUUCUAUUAUUUGAGUAAGUUCACUGAACUUCUCGAUACAAUCUUCUUCGUGAUGAGAAAAAGAUACGAUCAGGUGUCAACACUGCAUGUCAUUCAUCACGGGAUUAUGCCAAUAAGUGUUUGGUGGGGUUUGAAAUUGUCACCUGGAGGUCAUGGAACAUUUUUUGGAUUUCUUAAUACGGGAGUUCACGUCAUCAUGUACACUUAUUACAUGUUAGCAGCAAUUGGUCCACAUAUGCAGAAAUAUCUUUGGUGGAAGAAAUAUUUGACACUAUUGCAGAUUAUUCAAUUCGUCGGUGUCAUAAUCCACAGCGUUCAACUCUUCUUUCAUAAUCCCUGCAAAUAUCCAAUUAUCUACUCAUACUUUCUCCUGGGCCAUGCUUUCAUGUUCUUGUCUCUGUUUAGUGCUUUUUACAAGCAAUCUUACAUAGUGAAGAAAGAUAGAAGAAUUGAAAAUCUUCAUGAUAAAACAUUUGUGAAUCAUGUGAAGUGCGAGAAUAUGGUAGCAUCAGUGAAAUAUUUUGAGCCUCCAAAUGGAGGGUAUGGUUGGAUUGUGGUGAUCGGUGGACUUCUAAUCAACAUGUUCAAUCAGUCAAUUUUAUCAUUAUUUGGAUUAAUCUUUGGAGGCUUUUUCAACAAUUUAAAUGCAUCAAAAGUUCGGAUUGCUUUAGUGAUGAAUCUUUGUAGUGUUUUCUUGAAUCUCACUGGUCUGAUAACAGCGCCACUUCUGAAGAUUUAUUCGCCAAGACAAAUUGCUGUUUGUGGAUCUCUUUUUGCUAGUGUUGGAUUAAUGUUAAGUUCUCUUGCAUCAGAAUUAUUUCAUAUCAUAUUCACAUAUAGUUUUAUGGUUGGCGUUGGUUUGGGGUUAAUUACACCGUCAAUCUUCAUGGCUAUUUCUCCAUUCUUCACAACCAAGAAAGCAAGAGCGAUAAGUAUGUCAAUGGCAGGUACAGGUCUUGGUCAGAUGCUUCUACCACAAAUUGUGAGAGUUUUACAAGCGGAAUAUGGAUCCCAAAUGACAAUUUUAAUCUUGGGAAGUAUGUCAAUGCAUGGAAUUGUUGGAGCUUUACUUUUCCGAUCAAUGGGUCAUCAUAAAAUGCGAAUCAAACGAAGUAAUAAUGAAUGUGAUGAACAAUCGCCACUCCUUUUUAACGCUUCAAACUCGAGUGAUGAUGAAGCAGAAAAUUCACAAAACGAAAAUGUUUGUACAAAGAUAUUCGAUAGAAUUUAUCAAUUGUUUGAUUUUAGUCUGCUGAAAAGUUCGCGAUUUUUGUUCCUGAAUUUCGGACUUGCAUCUGUGUACACAGUUUCCAUCGAUUUCCAGUUAAUUCUUCCAUUUUUCCUUCAGGAAACUGUGAAUUUGAAUACAAAUCAAACUGCUGUCUGCAUGUCAGUCUUGGCUGCUUUUGACUUAAUAUCUCGGUUGACUUUUCCAUUUAUCCUUGAGCCUUUGAAGUUUUCAUCCCGUUCAACGCUAAUGAUGGGAAUCGUUGCACUUGGCAUUGUCAGAUCAGUGCUUGCUGAGUUGACUGAUUACACAUCUCUUCUGAUUGCUUGUGCUUUUUUUGGAUACUUUCGAGCUUUGACAGUGGUCAAUCAUAUUUUAGCUGUUUCCGAAUAUUGUUCCGAGAACUGCCCAGCUAAACUACCAGGUGCUCUUGGAUUAAACAUGAUAAUUAAAGGUGUUGCUGUUAUUACCAUUGGACCAAUUUUCGGAUGGAUUCGUGAUCUCACUUCAAGUUAUAUUUUAAGUUUUCACUCUCAAAAUAUUCUAAUGUCGAUAGUGUUAGUAACUUGGAUCAUUGAGUCAAGUUUAUAG